AGCCAGUAACUCCUUUUCUUCCGUAGAGGUAGGACGCAUGAAUACGCUCUGUGAGCACUGCGCCUUCUUGUUUCCACGCGUGUCUCACUACCGCGUCUAAAGUCUGUAUUAUAGCGCCAGCCCUAAACGAUAAAGUUAAUCGAUAUAAAUCUUUAUCAUGCUACACUUAAACAGUAUACAUCGUACGAGGUAAAACUAUUAGUUUCAAAAGCUUGCAGGAUGUUUUCGCUAAUUUUGCGUUAAAUGCUUUAAAUGAAAAUGCUCGAAAGAUACCAAAGUGGCAAGGCAUACUGUCUGUGUGGAUGACACUAAGAAAGUGUUAUGACCUGUGAGCUGCUGACAGUAAUCUAGAAAAAGAAAAGAAAGCAGAGGUGUGUACACAGUAACUAUCACAAAGUAGCUGCCUCGGUGCGUGGCUUCGAACUCCACCUUGUGUUCAACAGGUGCUCUUCCCCAAGACACAACCACUUCACAAUGACAAGGUCUGGACUGUGUCGGUGAGGCGAACGUCCCUGCGGGGUGGUGUGUGUGUGUGUGUGUGUGUGUGUGCUCCACGCUAGAAAUGCUGAUUAACUUUAUUGGCGUCAGAAAGAUAUAAGUUACUUAGCUGACCUAAAGUUAACAGUGUUGGUGGAUCUGUGUUUCAUUACUGCUUGAGGAUGGCGAGACAAGGCUACUGGAAGAGGAACCGGCUUCUGGUUAUUCUUGCCGUCUUGUCAUAUAACCUCACGCCCCCCGCUACGGCUUUGCCCGUACCGUGAGGAUUAGCGGAGGACGCUUAUGACGAUGAAAGGGAUAAUUAAAGCACCCUUCCCUCCACCGCAAGUAAGUCCCCUGACAGAGGUACGGGCGGUGGAGGGACAAGAGGUGGCCCUUCCCUGCCUCGCUGAUACUCCAGAUGCAGGUGGUGGUGGCGGUGGUGGUGGUAAUGUGGAUUUCUUCUUCGUCACUCCCAAAAGAACCCCCAUCCCCAUCUACCAAGUCAACAACUCAGGCGGGGUGAGGGAACAACACUGGGCGGCCCGAGGCUAUGACAGGCGGGCGCUGGUGGAACGCAACCCGACUCGUCUCAUCCUCGGUGGCAUAACACUGAAGGACCAGGGCGUGUACGGAUGCCGCGUCCGCCGAUCCUCCUCCUUGACUCCCAUCACGUCCAACAUCACCCUUAGAGUAGUUAUUCCUCCCACCUCGCUCAAAAUCUACGCUGAUCUGGAUCCUGACACCGCGGUCACCGGGAAAGUGGGGCCCUACGACCUCGGGGAAAUGGUCACCUUCUCAUGCAGAGUCACGGAGGGUCAUCCAAUUCCCAGUGUGACAUGGUGGGAAGGGUCACGUCUGCUGGAAGACACACACCUCAUCCCACACACUAACCUUUCUGGCUUCAGCACUACCACGUCAGAUAUUACAGUGGGACCCCUAACGAGGCGGGACCUACACCGGAAGCUGACUUGCCGUGCCUCCAACAGCGAUCUCCGCGAGGCACUGGAGGCAUCUGUGACUCUGGACAUGAGAUAUCCUCCCAGCAGCGUGCGGAUUGUGGGAAAGAAGAACGGAAAUCUGACGCUUCGGGCAGGAAGGAAACAGGAGGUGGUGUGUGAGGUGCUGGAUGGCAGACCAGAACCCACUGUCACGCUGAAGCUGGAUCAUGAAGUCCUCCCCUCUCGUAAAGCUGUCAAGCAGGAGACUCGCGUAAUGCGGCGCCGCACGACACACGCCGCUGUGCUGGAGCCGACAGAGGACUUGGGUGGUUCUGAGGUGACGUGCCUUGCCGAGAGCCCGCUGUUAGUCCAGCAGGCCUCCGCGCUGCUCAAUGUGGCCUAUCGUCCGCGAGUGGAGGUUGUCAUAGGCCCCAACCUCGACCAAUACGCGACCGAGGGUGACGCCUUCAGCCUCUAUUGUCAAGUAUCGGCCAAUCCGAGUGUCUCGAACGUAUCUUGGAGCCUCAACGGUAAGGAGCUAACGAGCAAUAGUAGUGCGAAGAUCAGCAUGGAUAGGUAUAACCUGUACCUGGGGAAAGUGGACAGGUCUUUGUCAGGCAACUACCGCUGCACCGCCACCAACUCAGAGGGCACGGGGGAGUCCGAGCCGCUGCACCUGAAAGUGAGAGCCAAACCAGAAGCGGUGACCUCGUGCAGUACAAACUCCAGUAAUCCCGGGAAGGACAAGACUGUCAACCUGGUUGUGGAAUGUGUCGCUGAGGCUGAUGAGGACCCCACCAAAAUUUUCACUCUGAAAGUGGAGAGUGUGGGUUCUGAAGAGAGGAAGGAAGAAAAAAAAUCAUCCAAGCCAGUGUUUACCAUUGAAGAUUUGACGGAUGGACAGUACAAACUGACCGUGACUGCCGCCAACAAUCUGGGUGAAAGUCCUCCUUACACCUUCAACCAUACCGUCUGCGCCCCUCCCGCCACCUCAGGAGCAUCUUCCAUUUCCCCCACUCCACCCUUACUCUCAUUUUCACUUUUCCACUGCCUUUUCCUCUCCCAUCUCCCCUUACUCCACAGACUCCUUAAGUUUUAAGACUCCUCGGCCACGCACCUCCUCGUCUUCUGCCUCUCAUCAUUCUCCCUCUUCCUGGUCGCCGUGGCGUUCCCCAUGGGCUGUUUUCAUCCUGGUGAUUGUGGUAAUGGCGGCAAUACAUAUCGGGUGUCUGAUUCCGCAGCUUCUCGUCACCUUCUUCAUCUACAAGUUUGAAGAGAGGCGAUCGUCCCCUCUUCGACAACGCGUUCCUUCACCUCGCUUUCGUCGCCGCAAAAGCAGAAACUCUAACAGAGAGCUCAUCAGGGCCCACCGGUUGUCUGAACCACCAAUGCAGCUGCCCACCAUCACCAUCUCUCCACCUGCAUCCGCCCCGUGUACGCCCCUUUGCAGCAGAAAGGGAAGUUUGUCGCUGAAUGAACUCGAAGGGUACAACAUCAUUGGUGCAAAGCGAGCUCCUCACGCCUCCGUGGACUCCAUGGAGUUGAGUUCUUUGUGCCUUUCCGUUCAGAACGACCAGCUGGACACCUGCUCCAUCCAGGAUGAAACUGUCCAGAAUGGUCAACCACGGAACGGUGUUCUGCCGCCUCCCCAUUCCAAGAACGGUUGGGUCCCCACCGACGAACCUUUCUUAAACAGCAACUUUCAGGAUGCCUUCCUUCAGUAUAAUUUCAUAGAAAAAGAUUCUCUUAAACGAGACCUCAUGAAGCGUCCUCGCUCGCGCCCCUGCUCCCCCAACUUUUUGAGAGUGGACAUGCCAGUGAGAAGGUCACUGAAGGAACCAUCCUACAAGGCGUGACACAGGAAACCAGAGAAGUCAGAUACUUCUGUCCGUCUUGUCUGCCUUACGUCAUCGUUCCUCCAGACUUGGAUUACUGUAGGAAUUCGUCUUCUAAGUCACAUACAUUUCGUCCUGCGUUUUUGAGGACAUAAGGGGAUACUGGCACCUUCUGAAAAAGAAAAAAAAUGUUGCGAGUUCAGGGUUGCUACUUGGUGGCUUAUACCACUUACUUGAUGUCUCCAGCGAUGUCUUUAACGUGUGUAAGUAUGAAUGUAUGCUCUACGUAACGUUUGCAUGUACCCAUGUUGUCAUAUCAUGUCAUAUGAAAACAUUUUGAUACUAAGGCUCCCAUAUUAUGAGGUACAGAAAAGUCCUUUAGCAUUAAAAAAAAAUUAAUGAAGAUAUAAUUAUAUAUAUUAUAUAUAUAUAUAUAUAUAUAUAUAUAUAUAUAUAUAUAUAUAUAUAUAUAUAUAUAUAUAUAUAUAUAUAUAUAUAUAUAUAUAUAUAUAUAUAUAUAUAUAUAUAUAUAUUAUAUACACACACACACACACACUAAAGGAGAGCUUUUUUCGAAAUGCCGUUUAUGUCUUGAAAUAUUCCAGUAUUCAUUUGAGUGACGGUGUGCACGAACAUGACUUAAUCCCUUACCGACCAUAUAUUUAUCUUUAGAUGGUUUCUAAUAAGGUCUCACCUUAAUUUUGACUGUCCAUACGUAAUAAACAUUUUCCCCAACUCACUAGUAAGAUGCACAUGAAAUAGAUCUUUAGUAGAAAUUUAAGUAGGAAAAAUGGUUUUGAGAUAUCGCCAUAAAGUUUCAAGUUAUUGUAUCUCCCUCAUAUUUUGCUGGAAUUUAAUUAAUUUAAUAUUUAAUUAAUUUAACCAGUAUAUUGAUUAAGCACUGCUAAAAUGAACUAGUUCUUGUAAAUAUUUCUUUAAAAAGAGUGUGUGCUUAUUUUUCAUGUGGUGGACACAUUUUAUCACCCCCACGUGAUCCAUGUGAAAUGCGUUACGCGGGACGUGGGUGGAGUGGCUUUCAGACGCCCACUCACCAGAUACUGCAUACAACUUUUACGCUUUACUGCAUACGUGCUUAGGAAGGUCAUGGAAGUAUUUUAAGCUACUUUUUGUAAAAGGAGUUGAGUAGCCCAAAAUCAUGCCAGUGUCCCCGUAAGAAAGCAUCUUGUGUAUUGAACUGAUAUGAUUAAUUGUGUCAUCGAAUUAUUGCUAAUAUUAUGAUCAUUAUUAUUAUAGCUAUUGAAGCUUAUGUGAGGAUGAUCUGCUAUUGAUAUGUUAAUUGGGAAGUGCAGUUCAAGUAGAUCUGGUGUGCAGUUUCAACACCUCUGAGAAAAGUCAGAUCUCAAAGUGACGCAAAUGCAUAAAAACCCUUAAAAGAUACGUGAAGAAAUAUCAAAGAAAACAAAACAUUUACAGAAUACAAACGCUUUAAAGAAUUUAUAAAUAGUUUAGUGUGUACUCUUUGUACAACUCUGUGUCAUAUGUAAGUUUAGAUAUUGAAGGUGAAAAUGAAGAGGAGAUAGUGUACUUCACUGAACAGACUGCAAGCUGUUUGAUAUAAACUGUGAUUCAGUCCAGUCUGUUCGUGUUAUUAUUGUACUGAAUUCUUGAACCCUUAUUAUUAGAGACACAAUGGGAAGUGUUGCGCAAGGGUAUAAGACUAGAGACAGGUUGGUGAAGUUAAAAAAAGGAUCCAGAACACAGCCCUUCUGUAAUUGUCGGCGGAGGGAAGACAUCCCUGCGGAGCAAAUUCAACGCCAACUUGGCGUUCCAGUGCUGAGUGUCAAGACCAGGUAGGGAUUACAGCACUGAGUGUCAAGGCAAGCUACGGAUUACAGCGCUGAGUGUCAAGACCAGUUAGGGAUUACAGCGCUAAGUCUCAAGACGAGCUAGGGAUUACAGCGCUGUGUCAAGGCCAGCUAGGGAUUAUAAUACUGAGUGUCAAGACCAGCUAGGGAUUACAGCGCUGUGUCAAGGCAAGCUAGGGAUUACAGCGCUGAGUGUCAAGGCAAGCUAGGGAUUACAGCGCUGAGUGUCAAGGCAAGCUAGGGAUUACAGCACUGAGUGUCUGCCUCUGUAGGAUAGUGAAUCACCCACUGCAGAGGAUAGCGAGUGAAAAGUUGCCCCAAUAUCCUCUGGUGAUGAACCCCGUGAAGAGGAUCCCUAUAGUUACCGUUCGCUACUCCAAAUGGCAAGUCAUCGCAAUACUUGUAACAACCUAAUCUACCGAACAAGCCGUGCAGUGUGUUCCCAACGCGUGCUACAAAGUAAACGAAAGUAUUAGAUAUGCACACAGUGUAAAUUGUCAAUAAAAGAAAGAUGUAUACCUAUGUAGGUAUGUGUGUUAAGCAGCAUUAAUAACACACACACACACACACACAUACACACAAGAAAUAAGAACAAAAAAAAAGUCAUCUUUGGAAAGGUUCCCAACUGUUAUUUUUCUUUGCCUAAAAAGUAUCAGUUUUGAACCAGCAUUACCUUUUUCUUAGUCACAAGCGUAUAACGUGUGCUCAUGAUAUGCCGUGAUGUGAAUAAAUAUAUGGCAGAA